AUGGCGCCUUCACUGUUGGCCCGGAUGCAGGGAACCGAUCUUGACGGGCAAGGAAGCGCAUCGGAUACGCAGGCAGACACGCAGAGUGCUGUUUCUGAAGAGGUCGAUAAAUUCCUACGGUCGAUCGUGCUUGAUAUAGACAAUGGAUUAGAAAAGCCAUCAGCGCCAGGCGAGAUAGCUGUAGAAGAGAGUGGCUUGUCAGCAUCCAGCACCAUGAACGGUGCGGUUUCAAGCCAGAUGCCUGGGGAAGUUACUGAACUCAUCGAAGAAGGCGAGAUCCUCGACCCGCCUGUUCUUGCUCUCUAUCCGACCCACCUCGUCUCGCUCGUCCAAGAGAACCUGACGCGCCGCGGCGGCGGAUCAACCAUAGCGCCCGAUGUACUUCAGCAGAAAAUCACCGAGCUCUUCACGGACGACGUAUGCAGAAGCCUAGCGGGCCUGAACAAGGAGUUCAACGCUCAACUGAACGCUCAAUUCGAGAUCAAGUUGGAUGAGGUUCAGAACGCGUUGAGUAGCAGGGUGAAGACGAGUGACCCUGCCGAGAAUGGAGAGCUGGCGCAUAGCCCCGAUCGUCCAGCCGUCCAUAAAGUCGGAUCAGAUAUAUCCUUGUCCGACUCUUCCGCUAAAUCAGCAGUCCAAAACAAGACCCUUGGGACUUCUGAGAAGGGCUAUGAGAAGGCCACGCCCAUGGAUCAGGACAAAGAUGAGGACAAGGACAAGAAUAACACGAGUCGCAAAGUUACCCUCCCCGAUCGGCCAGAACCUUAUGUGCCCCGACUUCGACGCAACUCGAUGAAUAGCUCGCCGAUAGCCCCGGAUAUCGAUGUGUUAUACGUCCCUCGUAGAUACUCUGCCUCAUUCCCCUCCUCUUCCUCCUCCGCAUCCACUCACAAUCCCAGAUCCCCGCCCUCGCUGUAUCGUGACCCAGACCGCCCGGCUCCGUUGUCACGCAAGGACGAGCGUAUUUUGUUCGCACACCAAAUGAGUCAGGUCGCGCCCCAUGAUAGCCUCUCUGGCGCCUACGGCAUGAAGCGCAAAAGAGACCGGGAAGACUAUCUACCGUAUGAUUCUCCCGCCUCUUCGUCCUCUUCUUCCAGGUCGCGGUCACGCUCUGAUUCGCCCGCGCGAUAUGUCCACCGAAUCCCGAAACGGAGGGAAGAUCUGGCUUCAUACAUCCCUGGACACCACCGAUCUGCUUAUGACAAGCAUAGCUCGGACACUCGGAGCCCUCCCUCGAUGCCCAGUGGGUCAAAGCCUCACACACGCACGAAGAGACGAAGAGUGACGGAGCGGCAAGCUGACUGGGACCAACGUGAGUCAGAGAAGGUAGAUGAAUUGACUCAGGGCGACACUAUGACUUCGCCACCUAUGUCGGCUGCGACGCCCCCAGCUUCGUCGACGGCCUUUGAGCCAAACGACGAUAUCCCUCAGCAACACCCCAACGGCCUCGAGGCUGAUAUGUCCCCUCCCUCUUCUGACAUUCCAUCCCAGAACUUUUCCUGCCCCCUGCCGAGCCUGUGGGAUGUCAAAGACGGACUUCCCUCGCCCGGCAUCCUAUCUAUUGAUUUUGCCGUUGACCCACAAACUUCCACCCAACUAUGCAUACCAAAAGCCGGCUCAGAUGAACCUGGUCCUGCGUCGCGGCUGCCUUUCCGACUGCAGCUACUCUGUACACUAGACGAGGCGUGGAACGGCUUGACAUUCGAUCCUAGCACCGUCACGCCGUGGCAGAUGGCGGAGGAAGUACUGAAGAUGGAUGUCCAGUGGCCCCGACAAGGUGAUCUGAUUGUACAGGUCAAUGAAGGUACUCCAUGGUGCCGUACAUACAUGCCGAGAGACCUGGGGCCGUCAAGCCCGCCGUUGGAUCUCACAGCAUCUGUCAGAGAGGGUCAAAACACUAUCCGCCUAAUACAACUCUCCGAUAUGUCUCGCCAUCUCUUCGUUCUACAUGCGUCAUCGCGCGAACAGACCCCCGAAUCUACCACUCCUUCAGCCGAUUUCUACAAGCUCUUGAUGCAACCCAGCCCCUUCGCUACCUCUCUCGCCACACAUUAA